AUGGCCGCUGUUGAUAGAAGGUUCACAAAGCUUGUGGAGCUGCUUCUUGAUAUGCCUGACAUCAAUGCAGAGCAUAAGUGCUGCUAUGGGAAGACAGCGUUGCAUCUUGCGGCUACCGAUGGAUCGGAGGAUAUCGUGCGACUUUUACUUGCGAAAGGGAUAAAGCCUGACCCUAAUGAUUAUUGUAAUUGUACACCUCUAGUGAUCGCUGCAUCCCGUAGCCACCUGCCUAUUGUGAAACUACUACGUGAAGCCGGAGCUUAUGCGAACACUGAAACUGAUACUGGUGAUACUCCGAUUUAUGUGGCCUUCUACAGAAGACGUGACGAUAUAGUUCGAGUUCUGUUGGAGAUGGAGAAGAUGAUCCCGGCUUCUCCAGGCAAAGGGAUCAAAAGAAAACCUCGUUUUUCGGUGUCGGGUGUUGGGCCCCUUUCUCGAUCGAGCAAAUACUGGGCAGAAGCCAGUAUACCAUAA